GCACGAAUGAAUCAUCGAGGCUCACAACUUGCUGCGAUUGUCAUAUGCUUUCUUAUCCUUGCAGUCACUGCGGUUGCUCUCCGUUGCUAUGUGCGGCUCAGAUUAACAAAAGGAUUUGGGGCGGAUGAUGCAUUAUCAGUGGCCACCUUGAUAAUAUUCAUGCUAGGCUCAGCUUGUCUCCUCGUUGGCGUUGGCAUCGGUGGUUUCGGGCACAGAUGGAUGGAUAUCUCUCAACCAAAGCUUAUUCUCACCUUGAAGUCAAGCUAUCUAUAAGCUUGUUCCUCCUCCGGUUCACUAUCGAACGCAAAUAUACUUGGACUCUAUAUGUUGUCCUUGCCACAGUUCUCAGCUACAGUGUAUUUUUGCUAUUCUACGCGCUGUUUCAGUGUAGACCGGUGUCCGCAUUCUGGACCAACUCAGGAUAUUGCAACAGAGCUGGGACGGUCAAGGUCACGUAUGCACACUCCGCCAUCAUCAGCGCAUCCGAUUGGACGCUCAUCAUCGUACCUAUAUUCAUGGUCUAUCAUCUUAAUCUUGGGUUCCGUACCAAGAUAUAUCUUGGGGGCAUCCUGGCUCUCGGCUCCUGUGCCAGCAUUGCCACUAUGGCAAGAUUUGCUUAUAUCCAUGACCUCAUUGAUCCUAGAAACCUCCUUUUCAGUACGGGGCUUAUUAUUACAUCACAUCUUGAGAUCGGAGUGGCUCUUACUGCUUCCUCAGCGGCUACUCUUCGACCACUUCUUGUCCGUUUGGGAGUCCAUUCAAGACAUGGUCAAAGCCAGCUAUCAGAUCAGCGUCACCUCGACGGGGGCGACAAUGCAAGGCGGCAUCCCUCCCCCGAACAGUCUGACCUCAACCUGGGGGAAUAA